AUGUCUUAUAGAGCAGUCGCCGCUACCGGCCCUCUGGCUCGAGCGCUCGUUCACGCCACCCGUCGUCAAAGUCUUGUGCGCGCACGAUUACACCAGCCCUCGCUUCGCCAUUCUUUUUCAACUUUCCCCGCCUGUCGCGCGAGCCUACAAGAGCCAGCUCUGCACGACAUCGCCCUCGGCAAGAAGGGGAAGACGCCGCAGACGCUGACGGAGAAGAUCCUCCAACGCUACUCGGUCGGUCUUCCGGAGGGAAAGGAGGUUCGCAGCGGUGACUACGUCCAAAUUCAACCUCACAGAUGCCUCACGCACGACAAUACCUGGCCUGUGGCCACGAGGUUCAUGAGCACAGGCGCUACCAAGAUCAAGGAUCCCGCUCAGCUAGUCUUUGCGCUCGAUCAUGAUGUACAGAACAAGAGCCCCAGCAACCUGAAGAAGUACGAACAGAUACAACAGUUUGCCAAGAAGCAUGGCGUCAACUUCUUUGGCGCAGGCCACGGGAUCGGCCACCAAAUCAUGGUUGAAGAGCUUUUUGUCUGGCCAGGAACCUUGUGCGUUGGAUCCGAUAGCCACAGUAACAUGUACGGAGCGCUGGGAAGCUUGGGGGUUGCCCUGGUCAGGACUGACGCGGCUGGCAUAUUCGCUACCGGGAAGAGCUGGUUCCAGUGCCCCCCCGUCGUCCAGGUGAAUCUCCUUGGCACCCUACCACCGGGCGUUCGCGGCAAAGAUGUCAUUGUUGCGCUUUGCGGGCUCUUCCCGCUGGAUGUGCUCAACCACAGCGUCGAGUUCGCGGGAUCCGAGGAAACCAUGGCCAGCAUCCCGAUUGACGAGAGACUGACAAUUAGUAACAUGUCGACUGAAUGGUCUGCAACGUCCGCAAUGUUUCCGAUAGAUAAAACACUGGAGCGUUGGCUCCGAUACAAAGCUACAGAGGCGGCAAUGCUGGAGGAUCGGACGACUCGACGUCGAAUUACGCACGAAAUGGUCGAUGAGCUCUUUGCCAACCCUCUCCGAGCUGAUCCCGGAGCGCAUUACGCAAAGAAACUCUACCUUGACCUCUCCACUUUAUCGCCUUACAUCUCCGGUCCCAACUCGGUCAAACUCUCCACACCGCUGCAUGAUCUCGCUCCGAAGAAUAUUAAGAUACACAAGGGCUACAUUGUGAGCUGCACCAACUCGCGAAGCUCAGACCUUAUGGCUGCAGCCAAGGUGUUUCAGGAUGCCGCCAAGGCCAACGGUGGCAAGAUUCCCAAGGUCGCAGAUGGUGUUAAGCUAUAUAUCGCGGCAGCGUCAGCCAGGGAGCAGGCCAUUGCCGAGGAUGAGGGUAGCUGGCAGACGUUGGUUGAGGCCGGAGCUAUUGUGCUCCCACCCUCAUGCGGCCCAUGCAUCGGACUUGGUACGGGCCUGCUAGAGGAUGGCGAAUGUGGAAUCUCUGCAUCAAACCGAAACUUUAAGGGCCGACUCGGAUCAAGACUUGCGCAUGCAUACCUUGGUAGCCCCGAGGUUGUGGCUGCGAGCGUCCUGAACGGGGUCCUUUCAGGCCCUGGCGUUUACAAGGUGCCGGAGAACUACUCUGGCGUCAAAUGCGGUUAUGGCACCGGGGAACCGGCGACAAUCGAAAGCAAGCUUGGCAGUGCCCUCGAGCAGCUCGAGUCUCUCAUCGACAGGGUUGAGACGGCUGCUCCUACCGGCGGUGAUGCCGCCCAGGCAGGCACAAAGAUCCUCCCGGGCUUCCCGACCAAGAUUAGCGGCGAGAUUGUAUUCGCCGAUGCCGACAACCUGGACAGCGAUAAUAUGUACGCUGGCAAGUACACAUAUCAAGACGACAUCACGAGGGAAGGCAUGGCGGCGGUAUGCAUGGAGAACUACGACCCCGAGUUUAGGUCAAUCACCAAGCCCAACGACAUCCUGGUCUCCGGGUUCAAUUUCGGGUGCGGCUCCUCGAGAGAGCAGGCCGCGACGGCUCUCCUGGCCAGGGAGAUCCCGCUCGUUGUGGCGGGCAGCUUCUCCAACAUCUUUGUCCGGAACGGCAUCAACAAUGCGCUGCCUUGUCUGGAACUGCCGCGUUUGGUGGAGCGGCUUCGGGCCGUCUUCCCCUCGGCAAGUAAGAUACCCACCCGACGCACGGGCUGGACCCUAACGUGGGACAUUGCCCGGAGCGUUAUUGAGGUGCAGGAGGGAGAGAACGGGGAGCGCUGGGAGGAGAAGGUGGGCGAGUUUCCCGAGAACCUGCAGGAGAUUAUCGCAAGGGGGGGGUUGGUGGGAUGGGUCAAGCACGAGCUUGCCAAGGCUGCCUGA